GAUUCCCAUGCCAGGGCAAGGCUACCUAUAGCUCAGUACUCCAACAGACACAGCCUCAGAACCUAGCAGCAGCCCUGUACGCUGGACCACAAACCCGAGGAGCAGUAGAUUGACAUCUGGUUGACAGCACCUUCAGAAGCUCUGCGAGGUACAAGAGAACACAGCCAUGUCUCACGGGUUUCCUAAAGAGCAGGUGGAAGAGUUCCAUGCGGCCUUUGAUAGGUUCGACAAGAAUAAGGACGGCCACAUCAGUGUCCAGGAACUGGGGGAUGUGAUGAAGCAGCUGGGCAAGAACCUCUCAGAGGAAGAGCUGAAGGCGCUCAUCUCCAGAGUGGACACAGACAAUGAUGGCACCAUCAGCUUCGACGAGUUCUUGGCAGCCAUGGCCAAAUACAAGAGAGGGAGCACCGAGGAGGAGAUGCGGGCUGUGUUCAGUGUCUUUGACAAGGAUGGUGAUGGGCACAUCACUGUGGAUGAGCUCAAGCAGGCCAUGACUCAGCUGGGAGAGGAGAUUUCGCAGGAGGAGCUGGACGGCAUGAUCCGUGAGGCUGAUGUGGACAAGGAUGGGAAGGUGGACUAUAACGAGUUUGUGCGCGUGCUCAAGGAGAAGUGAGACUGCUGGGGCGCAAGCCCCAUCCAUCUCUAUCUGCCUGACUCAGGCCCAACAGGCACUGUGCCUUCUUUCAGGGUUCUGCUUUUGUGUUGGGGUUAUAAAGGAAAAGUCUGUGUUGGUGUAUGGGAAACUACCUCAUGAAUGAGGAAGACUCUACUGGUCCUGGAUGCUGUACCAUCCGGAGCUGCUCACUAGUCCCCUCUCUGUCUGCUGAGACUCUGGGCAAAGGAUGGUAUCUUUGGGCUGGUCCUUCCUCUUCCUCCUGCUGUGGAUUGGGUGCUUCCUACCUCUCAGGGCUCUCAUAAUGGUUUAAAUAAAAGGAAUGCAAAUUC